GUGGUGAUUCGGGCCCCCGAGGUCUUCCAGGUCCUCAAGGGCCUCCGGGAGCCUAUCUGGUACAGCCCGUAUUUCCCAUGAUGGAACAUCAAUGCUGUAUCAUGUGCAGCAGCACCUGUGGUGGUUACUGCAUCGGCCGGUGUGGAGGUCACUGUGAUGGCCAUUGUGGAUGCGUUUGCGGGUGCUGUCAUUAGAGAGAGGCCGGAUUUGCGAGUCGAGUUGCUAGCGGAGAUAUAAUGGUUAAGGAUCCCCCGCUCGCGGGAUUUACCACGCUGGGUUCCCUUAAGGCUGGCGGUUCAGAACCAUUACAAAAACAGGAGGAGCUUAUAGGCGUCAUAGCGGUGCUCGCCUUCCACCAGACUCUGCCCGAAUACAACGAGACGCCCCUGCACGAGCUUCCGCCGACCCCCGGGGUUGGGUGCAUGCUCGUGAAGGACGAGUUGGCGCGGUUCGGGCUACCCGCCUUCAAGAUCCUCGGAGCGCCGUGGGCCGUGUAUCGGGCUGUGGGGUCGCACGUCGGGGCGGACGCUGGGGACAACGGCUCCGGCGUGGGCACGCGGCCAUCGUUUGCGGACGUUGGCGCUGCGGCGCGCCGCGCACACCUCCGCGUCGUCACCGUCACUGAGGGCAACUGCGGCCGCGCCGUCGCGCGCAUGGCCGCGCGCCACAUGGGCCUGCCCACGUAUAUGACGGAGAGCACGCGUGCCAGGAUACGGAGCGAGGGUGAGGAGUGCGUGGAGGCGGACGCGGGGCAAAACCUGGUGGAUGUUGUUGAAGUCGACGGAAGCUACGAGGAGACGGUCCCCGUCGCAUUCGCUGACGUGGCGGCCAGCGACGGGAACGCUGUCAUGGUGCUGGAUGUGGGCAUUGAGGGGUUCGACGUGGUACCGACAUACUUCGUCCAAGGCUACAAUACGAUGCUCGCCGAAUCCGACCGGCAGGUCCUCGCGGCCGCAGGCAGGCGGCCCGCGACCCACGUCGUUGUCCCGGCGGGCGCGGGCUCUAUUGCGGAGGCAGUGACGGCGCACUUCAGAGGGAAGCAAACUAGCGACAGUGAUUCGACGUCCCCAGUUCGCGUGCUCACCGUCGAGCUCACGACGGCGGCGUGCCUGCUCGUGUCGCUGCGGGUUGGCGUACCGACUACGGUGCCGACGGGUGACACCAUAAUGUGCGGGAUGAGCUGCGGCAUGCUGUCGACGACGGCGUGGCCGGUGCUGCAGACGGGCGUCGACGCAGUUGUCUCCGUGACGGAUGCCGAGGCGCACGCUGCUGUCGAGGAGUUCAAGAGCCUCGGUGUGCUUGCCGGCCCGUGCGGCACGGCCACGCUGGCGGCGCUCAAGAAGGUGUGCGCGGACGGCAACACCAGGCGGGAGCUAGGCCUCGACGAGAGCUCCGUCAUUGUGCUGUACUGUACAGAGGGUGCGAAAGAGUACCCAAUCCCGCUAUGA